AUGGACAAUGAUGAUUGGCAGCCACCAUCCGAAGCAGAGAUGAAACUUAUAAAAGCUAGAAGAGAUCGUUCUGACAAAAUCUCCAAGAUCAUGUCCGGCUACUUGUUAAAGGGCUACAAGAUGUUAGGCUCAGUGUGCACGACCUGUGAUACAAUUCUGCUGCAAGACAGACAGGGCACAAACUACUGUGUGGCUUGCUCAGAGCUGGAUAGCGACACAGAUAAAGAUAACCCAUUAACCAAUCAGUCUGCUGCCCAGUCUAAGGUUAAAGAAAUGGAGUUUUCUUCUUCAGCCUUGACUUCCUCUGAAGUCACGCCAAAGGAAAGUCUCAGACCUACACCUCAAAGCACUCCCCAGCACUAUCAGAGCCCAGCAGGAGGAGAUGCCGUGCGACCGAAAGUCUACCCAGCUAAUGUUGAAACCACUCACAGCCUGUACGCUAGCCCUCAGCCACAAAACUGGCCUCUGAAUCCAGACCACCAACAGAGAAUACUCUGUGGUGCUACAGCAGCAUCCGAAUUCUUUAUCAAACAGGAAAUCAUUGAGACAGAUCCCCAAGACUCUGGGUUUCCCUCAUUAGCAGAAUCACGUACAUCGUCCAUUCCUCAGCAAAGGACAAGUCAUGCCAACACUGGUGCUCAAACAUUAGCGUCAUCAUCACCUGAAACCUCUGCAUUCGUAGCCUUGCCGAUAGCAAGGCUGUUAGAGAAAAUUGACUGGGCCAGUAAAGAACUCAAGGACACGGCCAGCGUUGAGUACAGCGUCCAGUUAUGUCUUCUCAUCAAAGCCGCUGCAGAAGCCAUUGUGGCAAUCAGACAUGCCAGGAUGUAA